AUCCUCUGCGAACGCCCCUCGCGUCAGAUGUGGAGCUGUGGAGAGUCCUCCUAGGAAGUGAAUGUCAGUAGUGGCUUGGGAAAGGAAGCUGUAACUUUGUUUUUGCGCAAACUUUAGUCUCUAACUUAGUUCACCGUCACUUUCCUGUGUGCGUAAAGCCGAUAUGCGCUCAGAGGGAUCUCAGAGUUGGAAAUUCUGACCAGAUUUAGGCGUUUUGUAACACAACCUACAGGCGAAGUGAAGUUACCUUUGCAGUAAACAGCGGCAGGCAGGUAUAGCAGAAGCCGGAAGAAGAACUUGCAAUACAGGUUGCUGUGUAUGUCAUCUCUAACAUAUUUUUCGGACACCACAAAAUUCCCAGAUGUGUUAGAUUGUUGAAUUAUUUUCAUAUAUUAGAGAUUUUAUCCAGUAUAGAUAAUAAACCAUGACUGACAUGAGAAAAAAGAAGCUUUACGUUCUCGUGGAUGUUCUAUGUGUGCUCGUGGCAUCCCUGCCCUUCAUCAUCAUGAACCUGGUGUUCCGGCCGUACCAGCGGGGCAUCUACUGUGACGACGAGAGCAUCCGAUACCCCCUGAAGCCCGACACCAUCACCCACGGGCUGCUGGCAGCCGUCACCAUCUCCUGCACUGUCAUUAUAAUAAGCUCUGGUGAGGCCUACCUGGUCUACACCAAGAAACUCUACUCCAACUCGGAGUUCAACCAGUACGCGGCUGCCCUGUACAAAGUGGUGGGCACCUUCCUGUUUGGCGCUGCCGUGAGCCAGUCCCUCACCGACCUGGCCAAGUUUACCAUCGGGCGCCCGCGGCCUAACUUCAUGACCGUCUGCGCCCCAAAAAUCUGCAAGGGCUAUGUGCCGCAGAUCAACUGCACCGGCAACCUCCGGGAAGUCACCGAGUCCAGGUUGUCCUUCUACUCCGGUCACUCCUCGUUUGGAAUGUACUGCAUGCUGUUUUUGGCGCUGUACGUGCAGGCUCGGCUGGUGGCCAAGUGGGCCAGGCUGCUGCGGCCCACCAUCCAGUUCUUCCUGGUGGCGUUCGCCGUCUACGUGGGCUACACGCGCGUGUCCGACUACAAGCACCACUGGAGCGACGUGCUGGUGGGCCUCCUGCAGGGAGCACUCAUAGCCCUGCUCACUGUGCGUUACGUGUCGGACUUCUUCAAGCAGAGGCCCCCCCGCUGCUCUAGCCCUGAGACGGUGGAGAGCGACGCGCUGGAGCGCAAGCCCAGCAUGCAGAUGGUGGACUCGGAGCACAACAACCAUUACACCUACCCCGGCGCCGUGUGAGACCUCGGAGCCAGGCUGGGCCUAGCUCUCCGCUCACGCACAGAGAAAAACCUCACCCCACCCGACAGAGGCGUCGCAAGGGAGGGAGGUCUGCCACCUGGCUCUACACACUCUCUCUUGACCAUUUUCAGUGCGCGACUCAAGCCUUUGACUCUCCCGUUGGGCUUGUGAACCACUCGACUACAAAUCCCAUAAGGCCACUGGACUGACUGGGGCAGAGUUAUUGUUGUUCUGAGAGCAACAGCCUUCCUGCCUUGCAAAAAAAAGACAUGACUACCUCCUCCCUGCUGGGAGGGGCUGAACCAACGUUUUUACCUGAACAUCAUUAUUGAUGUUGUAAAAGUAGACUUUUAGGUGAAUUUUUUUUUAUGAUGGAAUUUUAAUUUAACCAGUUUUAAGGGGUGCCAAUGGUGAGCCUUCGACUGUAUCAGAUGGACACUUUUACGCAUUUAGCUUUUGGGGUGAAAAUGGAUGAGCUCUUUGCACAUUUUGUCUGAAUUGUUGUUUAAAACUUAAUCAUGAAGCAUCACAGAAUGGAACUACAAGCCAAUGUUGGGUCCAGUCUAUAUUUUUAGUAUCAAAAUAACAUUACAUUCAACAUAGUGACUUUGAUAUUUUAAGCUUUUAACUUGAACUUUUAACCCAUAUACCACAAUUUAUUUUAUUUAAGCUGUUUCAAAGUAAUACAUUGGUCCGUUUUUCCAUAUAGAGUAUCAAAGUGCUUGUGCUUGUUAUAGGAUCGGCACACCUGGCUCUAAUACGAUUUCUUUACAAAAAGAGGAAGUCACAUCAGAGGCUGUAUAGCCAGUUGUUUAAUGGCACCUUGGGCAUCUGGUCUGAGUAACGGAAAUGUCUUUGAUGUCUGCUCUCUUGUGCUCAGCCAAUGAGAAUCCGGUUGGACACAAGAGACACUACAUCUGUUGUUUUCGGUUUACGUCAUGCAAGUUGUUCAAAAACAAUAUCCCACUACGUCGCCGACUUUCACCUUUGGCGUUGCCUUGGUUAUCAUUUGUCUUUUGUUAUGUCAAAGUAGAUUAUAAAAGAAUCAGGGCUUUGAAAACAAGAGAAAUAAUCUGUUCACUGGUCGCUUCCCACGUGAGGGCCCAGCUCAGAAUGUGUCAUUUGGUGGUUUUGGGAAUGAAGAUCCCAGAUCAGAACAUAUCAGAACAGUUAGCUUUGCUAAGAUUAAGGACAAUCUCACAUACAGUUACACUACAAUCAGUUUACUCGUACGUUGAGCUACAUAGCAUGUUGACCAGGGCCAGGUUUUCUAAAACUGCUGUGGCCCUGUGAAGCAUUGUUAGAGGGUGAUAUGCCCGUCUCUUCCUGUCUAUCUCACCUUUGAUGACGACACUGGCACUGCAAUUUUGUAAAGAAAACUCAGCCCAGCCAGGUGAAUUGUAACCUUGUAAAGGACUCUGCGUACACACUCACCACUAUUCAAAAAAUGAUGACCUGUCUCUCUCACACACACACAAUAUACAGUCAAAAAACUCAUUUUACAUACCCUCACUGUGUAUAGCCAUAGCACGCAGAAAUAAUCAUAUGAAUAUUUAUUCUUAAACACGACUAGAUGUUUUCCCUUUGUUUUUCCAUUACAUUUUGUUGUGAGAUCAUAAUCAUAAGUGUAUGAAACUUUGCUCGUAAGACCAUCUGGCAGGAGUGCCUGCUAAAGUUUUCUGCUCUGUACUAUUUACUUUUGCUAAUGAGAUGAGAUCACACUCUCAGUGACUGUAAAGACUAAUAGAUCUAUGCAGCUAACGAGACCUCUGGUCAUCCAAAACUGUUUUCACCACAAAGUCCCAUAUUUCUCACACCAGUCUAACCUGUGUAUUGUUUCCCCCCUUUCCCAUCCACUCUGAGGAAGAAUGGCAAUUUAUUUCUAAACUCAUGUUCUAGGCCUUCUGGUAAUUUGGCAUAAAAGUUGACCUGCCAAAAGGUGUGUUUUAAUGGACAAUAGUUCUUUACGCCAUAUUAAAAACAUGACUCUGGAACUGUGCCUUAUUAUAGACUUUUUCCAAGUAUUGUACAUAAAUUUGCACAUUUAUUUAAUUACAAAAAUAAAGCCAACAUCUUUGAACAAUG